AUGGAAUCCUAUAGUAAGUUAAAUAUACAUAAUAAUGAAAACAAUAAUGUGUUAAACAAUUCGUUAACUCCUGAAUCAUCAACAUACACAAUAUCAAAAUCUACCACAGAUACGUCACAAAGAAGAAAGAAGAGAAAGAUUCCAAAAUCAUGCUAUUUUUGUCGAAAGAGGAAACUUAAAUGUGACCAUAGUAGACCAACAUGUAAUCAAUGUUCUUCUCGUCAAUUAACUGGUUGUGUAUAUAUGGAAGCAUAUAACUAUAACGUUACUAGCUCUGAAUUAUUGGUAGAUGCUCCUCAUGAAAUUUUAUUGAAAAAGAUCAAUGACCUUGAACUUGAACUUACAAAAUAUAAAAAUAGUUCGCAUGUUGCCACUAAUUGCCCAUUUGGAAAUCAUUCGAGUAGCAAUGCUUCUCCUAAUACCUAUGACAACGUUUUUAAUUCAAAAGUGAAUAAUGUUGAUCCUUUAUCGAUUUCUGAAUUAGUUGGCGUCAACGAUUCUGUUAACUACAUUACGAAAGAACCACAAGAUUUCUCUAGCUUUCGUUUUAUAUACGGUGGCAAUAAAUGGUCAGUUUAUUAUGGAACCACUUCAUGGAAAACUAUUGUUCAACAAUCAGGGGAUGUUUACAAUACAGAGUAUAACAAAAUUGGAAAUGUUUUACUCCCUAUGAAUAGAAAUUGGAAAAAGGAACAUGGUGUGAAGAUUAUGACCUCUGAGUUCUUACUUUGUAAUACAAUUCUAUCCGGUAAGAAAAACUCUUCUUUAUUCGAAUCUGUGAUUGAGGUAUUGCCAUCAUAUAAUGAAAUUUUAACUUGCAUAGAGGUAUAUUUCAAUAGUCCUUUACACAAGCUUUAUGGAAUUCUUGAUAAAGAGAAAGUCAUGCGUGAGUUUCAGUCUAGCGUUAUAGAAGUUAAUCCAGACACUAAAAUCGUAACUUUCAAUUCCUCUGAGGAGAAUUAUUUCAGUUUCGGUGUCCUUUUAAUGAUCAUUAUCUAUGCAAAAUGGAAAAUAAACGUCCCUGAGGCAGUGUAUGAAUUUGUUGCACUUUUAAGCGGAAGUACUGAAUAUCAUUUUAAUAAAAUUGAGAAACUACAGUUUUUAUUUUUAAAUUAUUUAUCGAAGGUCUAUUUCCAACAGGAUUGGUUUAGUGGAAGAGAUACUGUCGAUAGUGUUAUGCAUCUUUGUUCUAGUUUAAUUUCUUUGGGAUUAUCUGAUCUCAAUUGGUGGUACAAAUCAAAUACAUUUGAUAAUGUAGGAUCUUAUGAAUCUGUUCGUAAUCUUUGGUAUCAUAUUUUAAUUGCAGAUGUACUAACUUCAUUUGACUGUGGUAAACCAUUGGCUCUAGGUGAUAGCUUCAUCAAUGCAAAACAAUUUAAUAUCAGUUUAACUGAUAAUGCAGAAUAUUCAAAUAGACGACUUCUGUUGGCAAAACAGUUUUUAAGGAUUUCUAGGUCUUAUGUAAACGAAAUGAAUGCAAGCAGGUGUAAAGUAAAUGUUUCGUAUCAUGUUGCAAAUCUCGUUAAGUUUAUUGAGAAGUCAUUUAGUCCAUUAAAUUUAUACAUUAACACAAAAAUCAAUGAGUCAAAUUUUGAUGACCUUAUUGAUGACUUUGAUCAUUUACUUUUAGCACCAUGCAUUGGUAUGUUAAUCAAUUCUCACAGUAUCCUCAACUAUACCCUGAAAGAUAGCUCAGCAAUGCUGAUAUCAGGUUUAUGUAAAUAUAUAAUUAUUGGUUUGUCAUUGUGCAAUAACAUUUAUCGAAAACUAUACUUUAGACAUCUAAAGGCAAGGGAAAAUAGCGAUAAUAGUGAGCUACCAGAAAUUAUACUAGAUGAUAGAGAAAUGAAUUUGAACAUGCUCACAUUAAUUAAUUUUUCAUUGUGUGCUCGAACCUUAACUGAAGCUUAUGCGUUAUUUUUCCUACACUUGACUACUAUUAAUAAGAAUUGGAUCAUUAUUGAUAAUACUGCGACUACAUUCAAUGAUCCGCUAGAUACCGUCUCGGUAACUAAUUCUACUUCGAUUUCAAUCAAAUCUACUACUCUCAAAUUUUUUGAAUUAUUUGACAUGUUUACGAGUCUUCACGAUAACUAUCUUGAAAAGCUAACCAUAAACUCAUUUUAUAUUUUCAUGAUAAAUGAAUUCCAAAGAUUAUCCAAAAGUUUGUUUGAAAAAGGUGUAGAGUCAAGAAUCAAAGCAGAAAAUAAUCUAGGAAGUGAAAACGUUGAUAUUUCCUCAUUGUCAAAAGAACAACUGGAUCUACUGGAAAAAGAAAUAUAUCUUGACUAUCUUCAAUUAACACAAGAAAGCUGGAACCUUGGUUUUCCAUCAUUAUACAACGAUAACAUAUUAGAAUCAGAUUUAUUGCCGACACAAUAA